CAUGGAAAUCGAAGUUUGGUACCGUUGCGAUCUGAACUGGACCCCGAAAGUUCGGUUCCCCCUUUUUCGGCAGGCGGUAUUUGGAUAUUGACUACCACCUCCCUCCCCUCCAAAUGAGAACUCCAUCAAAUUCUCCACAAUCUCUUUCAUUCCUUCACCAAAACUCUCAAACUUCAUUCCACCACAACAACCACACAAGAACCUUCGUCGGGAAACUUGCAACAUGGACAACCCCUCAAGCCCGGAACCUCUUCAGGGACCUCUGAUAUCAGCCCGACCAAAAACUCACUCACAGCCUCUUCCUACAGAAUCACCAACUUGUCCACCAAACUCCCCACUUCCAUCAAGACCCUCCACCAAAGAGAAACCCUCAAGCCCAACACAGCCUCAGGGACUUCCGAAAUCCACCCAACAAACCACAGCUUCACAAUCCCUCCCCACCGCCUCGCCAUUCUGUCCGCCAAACUGUUCGAAAGCCACAGCCUCCCACCCAAUCCUAAUAUCACAGGAGCCCGGCUUCAAGCCCCUCCAAAUCCUCCCCCUGACCCCCCUCAACAAAGCCAAACUCGCCUUCUUCCACGCCGGGAAGCACCACUUCACCUACUCCCCCCGCACAGGACUCCUAACCUACGACGGCCGCAUCCCUUACCCUCCCAUCCACACACGACGAGCCAAACGCGAACGGCUGUACGACCUGCUAGCAGACUACGUCGUCCACAUAUUGGACGAAAUCGCUCUCCGAGGCGGCUUCAAAAAAUACGUCGAAAGGAAGAAAAAGGAGAUAAACGCGAUGGAAAUCCCUCGAGAGAUUCGCCGCCCCGUCUCCCAACUCCGAAGAACUCGGGCGGGAAUGCGAGAAUGGAGAGGUCUGAAUCCCGCCCUUAUGUCCGAUGGCUUUUUGAAGGGUCUGGCGGAAGAAUUGAUCGCCUCUCAAUGCACCUGCAAAAAAUGCGAGCGUAUGCGCUACCCGGACCGGUUUUCCAGGAUGAGGGACGAGAAUGUGUGGGAGAUGUUUCACCUUUUGAUGGAUGAGGAUUGUCGGGAGGUGAGGGAGAGCUGGGAUGUGGUCUUCGCGGCGCAUGUAAUUGGGACGGAUGGCGUGGAGGAUAUUUUGGGCUAUACGGAGUUUGAGGAGAGGUGGAGGGGGAGGGAUGAUAAGGCAACGGCGUGGAGAUGGCUAAGAGAAGGGGAAUAUGGGGAUUUGGUUGCGGGGUAUGACGUUCCGGACGGGGAAGGGGGGAAGGGGAAGGGGAAGAGGAAGGAAGCUCCUUGUGAUGAAAAGGAAAAUUCUCACUUAAUGGUCACUAGAAAGAAGAAGAAAGUGAGAUUUGAGUUGGAUUGA